AGGUUGGUUUCUCGUACGGCGUGGUCGCAUUCUGUUCUAUCCGCAUCGCGUCAGAGUAUAUUUUCCCCGAGUCAGUGGAAGAGUCUCUGUUGGUGUGUCAGUGUCCGUGUGUGGCAGAAUUCCCAGAAAAAAGCAGCCAAAAUUAGGCUUUUCAAAAAUGGAUAAACAAAACAUGAAAAUGUGUAUAAAUGCCGCCGAAAAUGAACGCAUUAAAAUGAAUCAUAAUUGAGAGCAAGGAAAAAAUGAGCAAGAGUAUCUAAUCUCGAGCGUAUGAAAGGAGUGCGAGCGAGCGAGAUAGCGAAUCGAUACGAAACGAAAAGCUCUUUGGGAUGCGUUUCAUUUGCAACGUCAUCGCGUCAUCAACAGCUGAAGACAGCGAACACACUCACAGCUUCUAUCUCACACACACCCAUUUUUCAACUCUCUCCCCUGUGAACAGAGCCCCCGAGGAAAGGGUGUCAGCAAACAUCUGCAUUUUAUUAAUUAACGAGAAACGAAUUAGAUAAUUAAUUUAUUAUAUUCUCCUCCUCUCCAGAGAAACUGUAAAGAAACAGACUCACGCAAUCAGACUUGCGCAAAGCAAAAGAGAGAUAAACGAGAGAUAGAGAGAGAGAGAACGUCGUAUAACAACUACAAUCGAGAGCGAGCUGAGAGCAGUGCACAAAGCAAAGGCCAGAGCGAGAGGGAAGUCGAACACACGCAGGCACACGAUACAAACUCUUUCACCGCGUCGGUUGUGUGUGUGCCACUCAAAAAAUUCGUCUCUUCGCGUCCACAACGUGCCACCAAGUGAGCGGAAAGUUUUCAGCCUGAUUUUCAUAGUCGCCGUAUGAGAAGUUUACUCUGUUUUUCUUUCGUUGCCUUUUGUUGCCCCUUCGCAGCGGUGUGAAGAGUGGGACAACGAAUUAUCCAACUAAAAAGCGGACUCAAAAAACAAAAACAAGUUCAAGCCAAAAUCAACAAACGAUUGGAUUGUCUAUUGCAGUGCGGAAUAUCGAUUUUUGUCAUACGCGCGCGUCGAUGACCUCGCCGACAACAAUUACAACGGAGAGCUGAGAGCAGUGCAAAAAUCAAAGGCAAACGCAGAGUCAAAGGCUAAAGCAAAAGCAACUACAACUCAAGUACACACAUACACACACACACCUAUUCGUGCAUUUUCGAAGCUGCCUAAUACCGACUCUUAGCCACGUUUUACAUAAUUGGCCAAUUGCAGAGUCAGGCAAAAGUGCGAGCAACAACUACGACGGCGACCGUUGCAAGCCGAGUGCCAGAGGGAAAGGGAAACAAACAUUUAGACAGACGGAGAAGAAGAGCGGGAGGAAGGAGAACAGCAAGCAGCAAGCGGGAGAGGAGCGGCAGCGGCAGCGUCGGCGGCGGCAGCCAAGAACCCCAGAGACACAUGCUUAGAUAUCGUCUCGUGUCCACACACUUUUUGAAGCAGCCGUAGUCAGCCAGAGCGAGAGGGAAGCGAAAUAUUGAGAGAGUGCACCACCACCACCACCACCACCUAAGGGGGGAGAGAAACAUCUAGAAAGAACGCCGAAGAGAGAAAAGUGCAGUUGCAAACCCGAAGAGAAAGACUGCGAGCGAUCGCAGGAUAACGUCAUCUCUCGAUACAAAAAGCUUGUCAAGUGCGCGCCGCCUGCUCAUUGACGCCCCAAACAUUGAAAGCCCGGUCGAGAGUGGCAUACAACACUUAACCGUUCAUUCGCUCGGUAGUGCAUCAUCCAGAGGCAGCCACACACGCCCUACGCCCAUACGCCCACGCCUGAACCGCAGCUGUUGCAGCGGACACCGAUUUCGCACCGAUCCAGGCCCUAUAAUUCAGUCACAACGUAUUCGCUAGGAGUUCUGCGCCUGCUUGGUCUGAGCUGUUGUGAUUUGGAUAGCGAAAAUGUGCAGAGAUCGCGAUAUGAGUUUGUCAUAGAUCAGCGCAACCGUCGUUACAAGGUCAAGAAAAAAAUCAAACUCAAGAGCGAAUAAACAUCGGAUUUGUUGGCGUGGAAGCGCGAAGAAGAGACUCUGACAGAUAGACAGGCAGAGAGACAGAGAGAGAGCGAUAAGAGAUAGUCUUGGACCAACAACAAACAACAACAACAGAUUGAACGGAAAAAAGCUAUAAUACCAAAGUUAACAGAAAUCCUGGUUGGAGAGGAUAACCGGGAUACAAUAACAGACGGACAAUAGAUAAUAGCCAGCCGGCACAAACGCUUGCCGCUUGUUCGUGUGUGUAUUUUUUGGGAUCAUCGGCAAUGUGACUGUCCAGCGGCACGGCUUAAUUGUUCGGUUCGGUUCCCCUAGAAACACGGCUCUAGCCGAUUCGUGGAAAUCUCUCCCUGCACUCCUGCAUGUGCCAUCGCCCACAGGUGUCCGGUUAGCAGGCGUGAUAAGUGACUUUGUGCGUGCACCGAUUUCCCGGAAACUCUAUUCAUCGUUCUUGGGUUACUCCUCCCUCUUGCCUUACUCCCCAACGCUCUAAAAGGAAACGUCGUGCAACUGGCGAACGUACGGGGAAAAACCAGCAAGAUUGAAGACUUUGCGAGAAAUCUUUGGAAGUCCGUUAAGGCUUGCAUUUGCGGCAUGCGCCAUCCCACAACUGGGCUGAACGAAGACGACCUGAGUCGUCUCACCGGUUCAUCAUCGUCUACCGCCUCGUGCGGCAGUGCAGUCUCAGAUUCAUCUUCAUCAUCGUCAGCCUCCUCGUCAUCGUCCGCACCCAAGGCGGCCCCCACCCAGUGCCAUGAGGCAGCAGUCGCUGUACGCCAGCAGAAGAGUCCCGAAAGGACCAAGGUUUCCUUGGCGUCGGAUGCCAAGAAACAUCUGAACAGCGCCGCCCCACAGCCAAAGUUCAACUCUACUUAUCUCCCUGAGAUCAUCAAUCCGCUGGAAUGGCAGAAGUCAUCCCGCAAGCGCAAGGAGCGCCUCGACAGCAGCUCUGUCUUUGGACAGGAUCGCAAACUGCAGCGCAGCAACAGCGAGGAGCUUCUCACGGAUCCAGCACAGGGCCACGCACCCAGCGACCCCAAGACAGCGGCCGCCCACCUGCUGGAGGCCCAAUGCGAGGUCAUUCGUCGCGUCUCGUCGGAGGACUUUGAGCGCACCGCCAGCUACGCCAACUACUGUCUGGAGUUUGAGCGCGAACAGCAGUCCCAGGGCCAGUCCCAGCCACAGGAGCCGGAGGGCGGCGAGAACAACGCAUCGCUGGCCAAUCUCUCGAUUGAGGUCCAGAUCGUUCAGGGAUCCAAAGAGCGUCCGCGCUCGGAGACCAGUCCGGCCCGCCAGCAGCGGGAGGCCAGUGACGACAGCGAGUGCGAGCACGAGCGCCGAAGGAGCAGUGAACGCUUCUGUAAGUCCCGUCUGCCACCAGGCCGCAAAUCCGGCGUCACCAAGAAGGGCAGCGGUAGCGGAGGAGUCGGAGGCAAGUAUCUGCCCUCCAGGCGGGACGAGCAGAGCGCCUAUAAGUACGACCUGUCCGCCCUGAAGUACGAGCGUCGCGGUUUCAUCAGCAGCAGGAAGCAGCAGUCGCAACAGCAACAGUCCAACUCGUCUUCCUCCGCUUCCGAUCACAACGACAACAAUCUGAUCGACUUCCACCAGCAACAGCAACAGCUCCAGCAGCAACCUUCGAAGAGAAGCUCCAACAUCUCGCCCACACCCACAACGAGCUCCUCGGCGGGCAGCGACGACACCACGCCCACACCCGUCAAGGCCAAGCCGCCGCAGCACCAACAGCAGCAGAACCCGGACCUCACAUCGGCCCAGGAAUCGUUGCCGUGGGAGCGUGGGGAUGAGCCCGCCCCCGUGCUAAGCCGACGCUACGCUCACUCCCGACCCCACGUCGGCGGCAACAUCGAUGCAGCCGCCCAACUGGCCAAGGUGAUGCCCUAUCCGCAAGCGCUGCCCAAGCAAGCAACCAGCGUGCAGCUGCAUGGCUGCGAGGAUAUGGACUGCCUGGAGACGAUGGACGCGGUGCGCGCUUUCAGUUCGCUGGAGAACAUGCGCACCCGCGACGUGAUGCAGCAGGUGCUCCCCGCCAUGAUGGUGGCCUUCCAGACGCCGGAGGAGCGCCUCAAGGCCAUCGGCCGACGGGUCACCGUGCUCAAGAAGAAGCUCGUCCAGUUGGAGGACGCACUCGAGCAGCGGCUCGGCUAUCGCCCCUCGCAGGCAGAGCGCCUCAACGACAAGUACGUGAAGAACGCCUUGGCCGAGCUGAGCAAGCUGCGGAAGGAGCGACACGAGCUCAAGACUGAUCCCAUUGCUGCCCUCAGCCUCAAGCUGGGCGGAGGUGGCGGUGCCGGCGGCUCCGGGUGCCAGGAGGCGGCCAUGAAGCUGGAGCGCAUGAAGGCCACCCUCGCUGAAAUCGAGCAGAAUCUCAACGAGAAGCGCACCAAUGGCCACCGCUCCGGGCAGCUGGAGGAACUGACCGCUGAUCAACUGGUGCAGGAAAAGACCGCCGUCCAGCAUGGUCUGCUGUAUUUUGAGAAUCUCUACGGCCAUCCCAUAAACAAGGAAGAGCGCGAUGCGGCCCGGCCCCUGUACGAUCGUUACCGUCAGCUGAAGCGUCUGGUUGCCCGCACUGUUAUGUUCGGAACUGGCACUGGGGUGCCGGAGCUGCCCACCAUCCUGGAGCACGAGGCUAUGGUCUUCGAGUCGACCUCCACACCACUGCAGUAUUCAUCGAACAACAGCACAGAGACCACCAACUCACCCAGCGACUCGAUGGCGCCAAAUACCCUCACGCAGAACGCUUCCUCCGAUGAGUCGACCACCACCACCACGGGUCCAGCAGCGCCAGCGCCAGCGACGGCGGCUGGAUCGACGGAGUCUUCUAGCGAGAACAUAUCCGCACUGAGCCUGGACCAGCUGUGGGAGCAGCUGGAGCGGGUGCGCGACGAGAAGGCCGUGCUGAAGGCCACCAUACGCGAGUACGAGUCGCUGUUCGAGGAGCAGAACGGCCGCAAGAUGCUGAAGCAGGACCGAAGGUCCCUCGAGACGGAGACCUACGCCCAGUACAAAGAGAAGAAGGGCAAGGUCCGACUGCUGCAGGCCCUGAUCAAGAAGCACAUUGGCCACUAGCCUUGAGCCUCAAUCUAUCAGUCUUUCAAUCAACAUCUAUUCACCUGCAUGCGAUAAUUAUUUAUUUCAUACCCACAAAAAAACCAAAUGCAAAAAAAACAUACCUAUAUACUCGGUUGGAUGUGUGUAUGCAUAUCCCAAUACCCGCCCCCUACCCCAUACAUUUAUACAGAUAUUAUUAUAGAUGUGUAGUUUUUAGAUUUACAUUUUACCAUAUAUUCUAUAAUGAUACAUUUUAUGAAUAUUGUUGAUUCCUUAUUGUUUUUUGAAAACACCUAUGAAUAAUACGAAUAAAAAGAAGAGAAAUGUUACAGAAAUCGACGACUAUGGCGGAGAAGGCUAACCUAACCGAAAGACAUUUGAUUGGGACUCUCUCGUCCGUAUGUAGUAUAUCCUUGAAACUUCCACUCGGAAUUUACACCUCUCACUCAUCUUCUUUCUGUUAGUCAUCGUUGAUGCUAUAAAAUGUGUUAGAUUUUUAUUUUCCAUUGAUUCGAACAUAAAUUCAUCUCUCUCGGGAUACUCCCGACUUUGCUUUAGUUUCUAAUGAUUUAGAUUUAGUGAGGCAGAGGUAAAAGCAGAACAAACUCUUUAUAAAUGUUGUCUGGUAGUCUGAAAUAUCUUAUAUCGAUAUCUAAACUAGUGCCAUUUAUAGAACAGCACUACCGCCAGCCCCUACCCUACCUAUACUAGCUGUUCGUUGAAUCAAAAGCUUCCUCUGGCAUUUGACGUUGGCAGUUUCGUUGACAGCAGAAGCGGAAACGGAAGUCGAGCCGAGUCGAGUUUGUAUCGAGUGCAGGCCAAGUGCCUGGGAAAUUGAUUUGCUUUGUUGAGUUUUUUGAACGUGUAUCGUAACCCUUCUGAAUAUAUUUACAAAUACAUAAAGCCCAACCCAAGCAUAUAUAUAUAUAAACCUUACAUAUGUAACAACGUACGCAUAUAUGUAUGUAUAUUUACAUACCAUAUAUGUAUGAAUAUUGAAUACAAAAGUAUAUACUGUACUGUACUGUACGCAUAUGUACCACUUAUAUAAAGGUCAACAUUUACAAAUGGAAUAUUCUUAUGUGUAGCCCACACAAUUGGGUUGAAUCGAAAGAAGGAAGCAAUUUUUGUAGCAUUAAACGUAUGUAUCUCCUUCGACAACUGAACAGAUUGAAUGUCUAUACAUAAUAUGCAAAAUAAAAUAUAUCACGUUAUAUUA